UACUUAAAACGACAUUCAUAUGUCACAUUUAUGGAAAAUAAUCAAGUGUUUUAACACAAAACAUGAAAAAUCAAUUGUAAUAUCAAAAUACGAUUGCGUUUUACUGUUUUCUUUUAUAGAUCCCGAAAGCAGUGCUCUGAUUGCGGUUUAUGUAACUGUUCCACUAGUUGUAUUUGUUACCAUCAUGUUAACACUCGUUGUUUGCAGGAAAAGGCCACUGAAAUGCUCGAAAGCAUCAUGGGCCCAACAAGCAGAAAACAUGAAUCCUGUCAUCCAAGAAACCAUGGAAACCAAUAUCGUGGUGAAUGAAUAUGAACACUUGAACAGCAAUACGAUGCAAACUGGAACAGGCGGAUCGGCACUUCCGGGCAAUGAAUAUGCUGUUUUAUCAGAUACUGAAAACGACGAGGUAGUACAUGUGUACUCUAGCACUGUUGUACCAAAAUUUAUAGAUAAAAGUGAUGACAAGCUUGGCUAUGAGAAUGUAAAGAGCUUUGCAUCGCCCUUUGGAGGUAUGUCUGAAAACACAAUUGGAGCCAAGUGUGAGCCAAAUGGUGAUGAAACACCGAUUCAGCUAUAUGAAUGUCUGAAAACGGACACACACAAUGAAAAUGAUUGUUAUGAUCUUUUAAAUAAAAACUAAGUUCAUUUAUAAUGUAGGACUAUCACAAUGUAAUGUUAACGAUUGACAGUGUGAAAAUGAAACUUUAUUUUUUGUUGAAUAAUCAAUCGCCAUCGGCCUUUUCAGAGAAAGAAACAAGAGGACGUGUGCCAAAACUGUGGCUCAAUACGAACGCACAUUUUACUUCAAUUUAAAAGAAAUAAUAUGAAAUAAAAGUGAUAUUGUAGAAUUUAUAUGCACUUUGUAUGUUUGAAAGAAAAGAGAAGAGUGAUGUGGUAUAUUAUUAUAAAAGUGCUUUUGCGUUCUUGCAAAUAACAUUUGACAAUCUAACUUCUGUUUCGCUUUCAAAGAGGUUAUAAUUGAUGAUCUGUUUAAUUGAUUGUUUAAAGUAUGCGGCUUACGAUUUCAUCCUUAUAUAGAACCUUUUUCUUUGGUUGCUAUUGAACUGGUAAUUGUUUUGAACGAAGUGAUUUGUUUGUUGAUUCGGUCAGUUUGUGAACAUUUUUAACAAAAUAUCUCACUAAACUUUCAAACUAAUAAGUUUAGAUGAAAACUUUUGUAAAAUAAAAUUAAAUGGUAUCCAAUAAGCGAAAACAUACCUACCAUAAUUGCAUUAACAUCAGAGGCACAGUGUAACUUAAAGUAAAUUACGAUUCCGAAUAAUCAGAAAUUGUUUAAUGAAAUAGGAUGUCAUUACUAGUUCAUCCAUUUAUAAUUACAUACUUUUAUGUCUUAUAAAUGAUGUCAUGUUUUGUUUAUAUUACAUUUUUCCUAUGGCAUAGAAGAUAUCUUUUUUACCUCAAAGCUAGAUACAAAAUAAUAUUUAACAUACUAUGUUCUUUAAACUCAUUGUCCGAUUGCUAUACGUUUCAAACUCUAGUUGUCUAAUGGUUUGAUUCUUUAACAUUGUUAACGAGACACGGAUCUAACUCUGAUUUCAUCCAAUGAAAUAUUUGUUUGUUUGUUUCGGGUUAAGCGCCACUUUUCAACAGUAUUUCUUUUAUGUAACGUUGGACAGUUACUCUAACCAGUAUUCCAGGAUUCUGUAUCAGUAUGUACCUGUUUUCCGCAAGUAAUUGCCAACUUCUCCAAAAGAAUCAGAUAUGGGGGAUAAAACGACCUUAGACGCAUUUUAUCAAAUAGUCAGGAAGAACAUAUAUCUUGCUUAGAGAUCGAAUUCACUACCUUAUGAUCCGUAGAUCUGCACUCUCCCAAUACAGCUUACCAAGGGAGCAUCAAAUAAAAAGUAACUGAAAGGUAAAAGCAGGAUAUCUUGAAACCAAAACAAUACCAGUAGAGUCAAAUUCUUAAACAAAUACACAAGGUUCAAAUUCGAAUCACAGAUUACCACACUAUUUCUAAUGUAACGUACAGGACACAUAAUGUAUUUGCUUUUAUUCUACUAUCAAUAAAAUUGCAUAACAUCUUAAUCUGCAAUUAGAAGUCGAAAAUGAUGUUUGACUAUUUUUCAUGUUAUUUCUUUCUUUGUGUUAUUCAUUGAAGUCACUUUUUAAUAAUAUAUGUUACAGUAUCUGCACUAUUGUAGCGCAACUCUUCAGUCGAUGAAAAUCCUUUUCGCUCCUUUAAGUGAACAAGUUUGAAUGUCGUUUUUCCACGUGGGGAAGCAGGACAUCAGUAUGCAUUGCAAUUAUGUUUUUAGUAUGCCUUGUAAGACUAACGCACACUUUGCUUUUAAAAAAUGUGAAUGUUAUUACUUAGUCUAAUUUUGUAAAGUAGUUUAUAUAUUAACAAUACAUCUUCUUUGUGAAAUAA